CGCACUCGCACAAACGAAACGUACCUUCCGAACCGGAGCGGCUCAGCCCCGUGCCCUCGGGUCCAACCCUCGGUCCAGCCACUCGUCCUCCGUGGACUUCAACUGCCCGGAAGAAUUCGGGUACUAUCCACAUCCCUCCGACUGUUCGCAGUACUACGUCUGCGUGUUCGGUGGGGCAUUGCUGGAAAGCUGUACCGGCGGGUUGAUGUACAGUCACGAACUGCAAACCUGUGACUGGCCCCGAAACGUGGGCUGUGACCUUCCGGCGUUGAGCAGUCCAUCCGCACCAGAACGAGCAGCCGUUACUCCACGCGUACCGCAGGUCCUAUCGCGGAUCCGGUUCUCCAGUGCUCCAUCAGCACCCUCCGCACCGUCGGCUCCAUCCGGACCCAGUGGUCCCUCGGGACCUUCCGGCCCUGAACCCUCGGCACCUGCACGUAUCCAGCAGGUUCACGCUCUACCGCCACCACCACCGCCAGCAAAUCUCAACCCUGUGAUCACUACCCGUGGACAACCCAAGAACUCCCCACAAGAAGAUAUUGCCAAGCUCUACGAGGAAGCUCACGACACUCUGCCACCGGUCGAAGAGGAAGAAUCCAGCCGUCCGCAGCGUAUCUACCGUGGUCAGCCUAGCACCGUCACUCAGGUUCAGCGCGAUCGGGACGGAAUCCUGCAGCAACCGAGCGUAAAUGCCAUUCCAACCCAGGCUAAAGUAGGUUCCUUUGCGUACAGUGCCCAGCCGCAACCUUUCAGUGACGAAGACAAACUGCAAGACCUAGACCACGAAGCAAACAGCAAAACGCACGAUCGCAAAAAGCGCGACGUUUCUUCAGACCAACCGGCCAGCCAGGACAAAACGAUCGAUCCGAUCGAGACCGAAGAUAAAACAAACGAUAACCGACAUGUCAAACGUUCGAACCCAGAUGAAACUGCUCCCGCUGGAGAACUCCUGGUUCCAACUGCACUGGAGGAAACAGCAGACAGCGUGGAGAGUGCCCGCAGUGCUCGACAACUAAGGCCAUUGGGAAACUGGCAGUACAGAUCGUUGGACACUGCACUCUCCCGCCAGAAUGCUUACCCCCAGAGCAGUUACGACCCAUUCAGUUUCACAGCCGGACCGACUCCGGCAAUCCACAUCAAGUCCGGAGCACGGUACUACCAACCACAACAGUACAGUAAGAAAGAAAUCACCAACAACUACAACGAUUACCUCGAAGCAUACGCCAAAGCCAAACAGGGCUCACAAUACCUUCGGCCAGUAGAAGUCACCCGCCAUAAGACCGCCGGUCUACAGAACUACAAAACAGUUACCAAGAUAACACCUCAGGACAGCCUGAUCCCCCUGUUGAUCUCCAACCAAUCGCCCAGACCGCAACAGUAUCAAACCGCAUUUACAGCAGCCGCAUUCGUGAACAACCACAACAACAAGAAAUAUACCACCCCAACCCCGGAUAGCGACGAUGAAACCAUCCCGGACAACUUUGCCUUCUUCCACUUCGGAAACACGUACUCGUCAACGCCCAUCUCGGUCAACAACCAUGCCAAGCAAACCGUCAGUAACAACCCUCCACCUCCCAAGCAACCCUCCGUCCAGGCCUCUCAACCGCAACAACCUCCCCAGAAAAUCUCCCAAUCCACGCACCGAAGCCCCUACAUAGCCUUUAGCUCCGUCGGUGGCUUCUUCAACAACCAACCCACGUCCAACCCGAUCAAGGAAUCCUUCGUCCCUAUCCCAAAACAGUCAUCCAACUCCCAAUCCCAAUCACCCCAAAUCAAGCAGAAGAUCCUCGCAGGACCUAGCACUCCCGCCCCGGUAUACGAAAGCAUCAGCAACUCAAUACCUCCCAGCAAUAUCCGCUUCACAGUCACCACACCAAAAUCCCUCGACUACUACUCCCCGAACAUCUACGUCAACAGCAAGGAGAAGAUCCAGUCGAACAACUCGCCCUCCUUGGUCACGUUCGCUAGCUUCAACGACAAACCGCUUUCGAUCUUCGAAUCAUCCACGGUCAAGCCAGCCGCGUACUUCUCGACCAAAUCGACCAACGGCUUCCAGCCGAUCAUCAUUUCCACCACGCCUCGCUUCUACCAACCAUCCGUCAGUCCAGCCAAGUCGGAGUACAACCGCUUCUUCGAGAGCAUCAAGAACACACACAUCCAGCAAGUCGGCAACGGUAAGUUUAACGACGGUUUGCAGGACAUUGGAGUGCACUACGUGAAGAACGGAACCACAAAUCUGCGACCAGUUCCACCGGUGCAGCAGUACCAGAAGCCGUACUACGGACCAUCGACUGCAAGGCCGGUGAAGCCCGAGAACGAGUACUACUACGAUGACGAUGAUGUCGAAGAUGAUCGCGGUCACAAAUACGUGAAGAAUACACUGAAUGAUAACCGGAGACCAAGCUAUCCGAAUAGGCGACCCACCGAAGACGACGAGGAUGACUACUAUGACGAUGAAGAUGAGGAUGAUUACGAGUACCGCUAUCCGGUGAACAAGUCGAAGUACACCCCGAUGACGGAAACCAUGGCUCCCAGACCUUUGGCCAAUUUGACCACCCCUAGACCAAGCGGCGUGUCGGGACACAUCAUGUACCACAACCAUCGAUAUGAGACAACUACGUGGAAACCCAGUACCGUGACGGCAUAUCCACCGACAACCAGUGUCAUCCCUCCGAUCAUCCAGUUUCCAGAAGACGUCUUCCAGGGAAUCAAGCCCUUCAACGAUAUCCCGCGAUACCUCAACAAGUCCAGCUCACGACCGUACGCAGUUCGGCAACGCAUCCGUCCUACCGCAAUCCCCAAUGCCAAUCUCAUCGACGAGACUACCUCCAAGGAACUCCUACGCACCACUGCCAAAUCGUUCAGCUCCAAGAGCAACAUCUUCAAGACGACCCCUACGCCAACGCCGCCAAGGCCUACGACCACGACAACGACGACCACGACGACGACUCCGGCACCUCCGGUGACUCGGACUCGAACCCUUACCACGACCUCCACCGUCCCACCACCCACGACGACCGGUGAGACGACCGCGCGCAAACGGUACACCGUUCGACCGAACCGCGGCCAGCAACGCUGGCGCACUACCGAGACUCCCGAACAGGAACCACAAACACUACCUACGAUUAGCAUCCGACCGAACAAGAACCAGAACCGUAACAAUCGAUUGGAACUCGAUGAACGGCUACCGAACAGAGUUGAAACGUCAUCGCCCGCCCCAAGCCGAUACGUGCCCGAACAGCCGCAGAAGACAGUAUUGUCUCAGAGCAACAAGAACUACUACAACACCAGCAACUACGAUCCAUCCGGAUAUGAUUCGUACUACGCUGUCUAUGACGAUGACGUAGAGCUGUACAGAGAUGUUGAAUACCAACCGCAGUAUAACCAGAACAACCAGCAGUCGUCUCAGCAGCCGCAGAAGCCUAUCGUGUCGUCCACCUACCGGCCAACCGUGGUCACAACCAUUGCUCCAACUUCUCAGCGAGAUCAGUCUUCGUACGUAACUUCUCCCCGAACUACCUACCAACAGCGCCCGACCUAUCAGGAUUAUGAUGAUGCCCUUGUAUCACAGCUUGAAGAUGAUCGUUAUAAUCAGAAACAAACGCACACGCAACUCAGAAACGAAUUGAACUCGAUCUCAGAUCGUCCGAUUUUGGUAUCGUCAACGAUUCGUACCUAUAACAGUCCAAAAUACCAGACAGCCUUCGUAACAUCACCCGAACCGUUCUCACUUCCAUCAACAACCACAACAAGAACCACUACAACCACCAGAUAUACCACUCCAACAACAACAACACCCGCUCCGCCACAGUACUAUACCACAAGAUCAUCACAAUUGGAUGAAAAAAGCCAUAAAUCAACCCCCAAAUCAAUUAUAUUAACACUCGCAGCACGCGCGGGUCCCUCCUCCACUACGGAAAGUCCCAUCCUUGUAUCCUUCUCCCCAUUCUCCUACAACGCGGCCCGAUCGGCCAGCACAGCCCACUCAAACAUUUACAGACCAUCGAAAAGCACUACGACUACGACAACAGAAUCCUCUCCCAAAAGCCCCACAACCUUAGACAGUGACGCUAGUGACAGUAAAGCCCUCCGAAUCCCUCCCGAAAUCAAGUUCCAUCCCAUACCCGAAGACAGCUACUAUGACGACGAUGAAUACCCCCUCAGUAAGACACGGUACGAAUACGGCGAUGAACAGCAAAACGAUAGCAGCAAUGAUCCGUCGGACAAGAAAUUUAUCACCCAAAAGUUACUCCCCGUCAAUCCUUCAUCCUCUAGCUUCAGUUCGUCAGGUAUUCGCGGUGAUUCCCCUUUCUCAUAUGAUCCGCCACGAAACUACUUUUCCUAUACAUUCAACAAAACCCCAUCUACGACAACUACCACGACUACAACCACAACUACCCCUGAACCAACAACAACUACCACAACAACUGCCGCAACUACAACCACAACCACGACCUCUACAACCACUCCGAGUCCGGUAACUCAGCGUCAACGUAUCCAAAGCUAUAUCGCGUCAGACAUACAACCGGAAAGUUUUAAACCCCAUCGCAUCAUCACCACGUCUAAGUCUCCGGCCAUCCCUGACUACGAUAGUUAUUUAGGUCCGGUUGUAACCCGAACUCGCGGUCAAAACACUUUUCUCAAAGCUCUCGGCACUACGCUUUCCGCUACACAACAAUCCACCAUCGCAACCUCCACUACCGCAGCACCUGCUUACGCAUACUCCUCCAUUGCACCGGUUCAGACUAAGCCAUCCUCUCAAUUUCUUCCGGAUCAACCGAUCCGAUUCACAUUGAGUACCAGUCUUGGCAACUCGCGUCCUGAAGCCCCAAGCUUCCCAAGCUCCACCCAAUCUCCACGAUACGUCGUCAGUCCCGACCAGUUUGCCGCCAACAAUACAAUUCGGCUUACGCUUAGCACCUCUUUGGGACACAGCUCAACUACAACUCGUGUCCCUUUCACACCGUCUUCUCCACGCUACGAAUCGCGUCCGGAGCAAGUACGCUAUUCGACCGGGAGCUCGAUAUCUGAAGAGCUCAUCAUGACAACCGCCAAACCGGUCGCUCAACCAACGCGAUACGAAAUUCGACCUGAACAGUUCGACAGCAACAAGUCCAUCAGAUUCACUCUGAGUGCUGGAAUCGGUGGUCGUCCUACGGUUUCAAAGGGUACCGUCGAAACGGUGGAAAUCACCUCUAUUAAACCUAGAUAUUCACAGUUUACUGAAUCUGAUGCGGUGACGACGACCACCACCACAACUGAGCCUACCACUACAACUUCCGCUAGUAAAGUUCUACGAUUUUCCCCAAGUUCGACUCCGUCUCCGACACGCGGACGUUACUACCAAAAUCCAUCAUCAUCAAAACCAACAAAAGUUAAUUUUCGCGACACUGAUCCAACCUCUUCCAGCGAAUGGGUUCCCUCUUACCCAGACAGCGUCUUUUCAAGCCCUCAAACAAACACUCUUCAGGAACACGAUGAGCAAGAACCUGACGACUCGUUCAUUCCCUCAAAACCUGAACUUAGCUAUCAAGACCAGUUAGGUGUAAAAACAUUGCCUCCGACUCGGUUUCCCCCACGAACUACCCCUCCACCUAACGCAGCUGCUGACAGCAAACGACUAGCUGAAGUAGUACAAAGUUCAACUACGCGAAGCUUUACCUUCAAAGAGUCACUAAACAGAACACUUGAACCUACCACUUCUUCGCGUCCUGUGGUAUCACCAUUCAGAAGCCUCGAAAUUCAACGCCAAACCCCUUCCUCUGAUAAGGCAUUCGCUUAUUCGACCUCAAGGGUAUUCUCCAACAUCUUCCGAACUACCACAGAAACUCCCCGGGAGUCUCCACUGAGAAACUACUUCCUCAAUACAGGUGCUUCCAAGUUUUCGACCGUCUCUCGAACUUUCACAAGCACUACUCCAGAAAGCACAACUCCCACCACCACUAGCACCACUACCCCUACUACAACUACCGAACCAUCAACGACUCCCAGCAGCACGACUCCUUACACUACCACCACCACAACUACUGAACCAACCACCACUACUACUGUUCCACUAACAACCACCACCACUCCGGUUUCCACAACUUAUUCCACCUACAUCACCGAAGACACCACCUCGACUACGGUCCCCAAACCUACCGAAGUCUAUCGGGGACGAUACAGGCCGGUCUUCAACCUGCCGCGAUCGUCCGAAACCUCCGAGGAGGUAACCACUCCUCGGUACCGCCUCCGGAACCGUGGUCCCUCAAGACGGACCUACACCCGGCUAAGGCCUACAUCUCUGAAUGGUGCCUAUCGUAACAAUAAUACUCAUGUACCUUUUACUAACACCGAAAGCACCGUGCUUUCGAUAUCUACCGAGUACUCGGAUCGCCACGCGGCCCCAACCGCGUUGCCUGUGAUCGCUUCCUCGACUAGUUCAUAUUUGAACGGAAUUCGGACCACGGGUCGGUCCGGUCACGACAGUGACGACGCACCGGUCAAAGCGUCCCACUACAAGUCGCGUUUUAGUGACAACAAUAUUGAAGUGUUUAAAAAGAUCACAACCCCGUCGGAGAAUGCCACCGGACACGUAAAAAUCGUUGAGAUUACCGACAAACCCGUGUACUACACUAGCUACCAUAUGACCUCGACUGAACUGAACUCUUUUGGACCUUCCAGCAAGACUGAGUCUACGACCAAGAAAUUCCGUGCGACAGUAGAGAUGCCGGAGAUGAACAUUCCCACCGAAAAGGAGCUGUUGUCCUACCACCAGGACGACAGUGCCAGCCGCGAAGAAGAAGACGAAGAGGACGAAGUAGAAGAGGAUGAGGGAACUCCCGAAGACGAGUUUACGGAUUAUUCGUAUCUCGAGACGACCAGCGCUGCUACGACCACGACGACCUCCACAUCCACCCUCCGGACAGCCAACCCCUACAAACCCCUGUACCGGUCGAACAAACGCUACACAACUACCACUACUACCGAACCGCCAACGGUACGCUACUCGUCCAGCACUGUGACCACGCAACGACUCAACCCGACCAGCACGACGUUCGCCGAUGUCCCGAGUUCCACAACUACCACCACCACCACCACCGAAGACGUACCCUCGACGACCACCGAAGACUCCGGACCACGGACUAGCUCUCCGCCAAGCUCCAGUACGACCACGUCCACCAUAUCCAUCACCUCCACAACCACCUCUCGCUUACCCACAACACUGUCCAUAAACAAGCUCCCACCGCGCGCUUCCAGGGUCAAUAAUGCCAUAAAGACCACGAUUGCGGCCGCACAGCUGCCACGCCGAUAUAGCAAACCGUCGUCAGCCGGGAAAAGCAUACAAUGUACAGAAAACUCACUUUCCGCCAAGUGCAACGAAAUCCCCUCGAGAGGAAGCAGUAACAGCAACAGCAACCGUAACCGCGGAAACCAGCAGUACAUCACCGAUACUCAGUCGACUGUCUCCGCCAACCGAGGAACCCAUCCACCACGUGCUCGCCCGACGCUGAAGCCCGCACAGAACAUCGUUUCGAAGGCGCAGGAGUUCAUCGACAUCUACCGCUAUCCCCCGAGCCGCCCCGAACCUCUAUACCCACAGCCGACCCCGGACAAGACUGCUGCCAAGUGCCGCAAGGACGUGUGCCUGCUGCCGGAUUGCUACUGCGGCGGAAAGGACGUCCCCGGAGAGCUGCCCGUCGAGCAUGUGCCCCAGAUUGUGCUGCUGACCUUCGACGACUCCGUCAACGAUCUGAACAAACAGCUCUACCAGGACCUGUUCGAGCGCGGACGUGUCAACCCGAACGGUUGCCCCAUUUCAGCCACCUUCUACGUGUCGCACGAGUGGACCGACUACAGCCAGGUGCAGAACCUGUACGCCGAUGGACACGAGAUGGCAUCCCACACUGUUUCUCACAGCUUCGGUGAGGCGUUCUCGCCGAAGAAGUGGGCCCGUGAAAUCGCCGGACAGCGGGAGAUCCUUUCCGCGUACGGUGGCGUUAAGCUUGAGGAUGUCCGCGGUAUGCGCGCUCCCUUCCUAUCCAUCGGUGGCAACAAGAUGUUCAAGAUGCUGCACGACUUCAACUUCACGUACGACUCAUCGAUGCCGGUCUACGAGAACCGUCCGCCUAGCUGGCCCUACACGCUGGAUUACAAGAUCUUCCACGACUGUAUGAUUCCGCCCUGUCCGACCAAGAGUUAUCCAGGUGUUUGGGAAGUUCCUAUGGUGAUGUGGCAGGACCUGAACGGAGGCCGCUGCUCGAUGGGUGACGCCUGCUCGAAUCCGCCGGACGCCGACGGUGUCUACAAGAUGAUCAUGAAGAACUUCGAACGGCACUACACCACCAACCGGGCACCGUUCGGAUUGUACUAUCACGCAGCCUGGUUCACGCAGCCGCACCAUAAGGAGGGCUUCAUACAGUUCCUGGACACGAUCAACGCCAUGAAGGACGUCUGGAUCAUCACCAACUGGCAGGCCCUGCAGUGGGUCCGCGAUCCGACUCCGCUGUCCCGCGUCAACUCGUUCCAGCCGUUCCAGUGCAACUAUUCGGACCGUCCCAAGCGCUGCAACAACCCGAAGGUAUGCAACCUGUGGCACAAAUCCGGCGUCCGCUACAUGCGCACGUGCCAGCCCUGCCCCGACAUCUAUCCGUGGACCGGCAAGACCGGAAUCCGCUCGUCGCGGAUCGAUAACGACAUCGAAGUGGCCGACACGAACUAAGUCAUAGACGUGCAUCCUUCUUCUGUAUCUGUACUGAGACACCCUGCGACCCCGCGAAUCAAAAAAAAAAACACCAGAUGAAACUUUAUUUUGUUUGUGUAUAAGAGAGACAAUUUUAUAUAUGGAUUUGUUAGAGCGAGAAGAAAACGAGUCAAGAAAAUCGGUUGUCAUUGCGCGCCACGCAGACGAGAUGCUGCUCCCGGGGGGUCCACCGAUCGAACCGAUUGAAGCCUCUCAAAAGUCUAGCUGAUUCUUUUCUUUUCUCCGGACGUUGGUUAAAAGAAAAGCAAUUCAACGAUGAGCUUUUUGUAUGAAUUUAUUCACACGUUGGGCGGUGCGAUAUCCCAGAGCUGGCCAUUUCCGAGCGAUGACGAUGAAAAAACUGUUCACGAAAGCCUUUAGGUUAAGCGUUUAGACUUAAGUAACGAUCAAUACAAAGCUUCGCACUCACUUUUCCACCUCUUCAUGAAGAUUGGUAAUUUAUUGCGUAAAACUACCAUCGGGGACUUCUUCCCGAAAACUUCAUUCUUCAUCACCCGCGAUUGAAGUGGAGUUCUUCUGAUAUUAUAUUCUCUUUAAGUUUUUUUUAUAAUUUUUACUAGUGUUGUUUUCCUGUAAAUACGU